AGCUGAAGAGAGGCUGUUUGCAAUCCACUUGGGGGUUUCUGAGAUUUCUCCCCCUCUUAUCUUCAGUGGCGUGAGAGACAUACGAUGACCGCUGGGCUAUGGGUCAUGAUGAUUGGUCGAUCAGUCAUAAUCCACAGGGAAGGGAGAAACAGUCACCAAUUACAUCAAUGAGAAAAGAAAUGUAUUGCAGUCCAUACAAGAAGAGAAAUCUACAUAUACAGUUGUGAAGGUUCUCUUAACUGUAAUUUGAAAGUUUAAAUCAGGACAGUGUUGAAAUUAUAACACCUUAUAUAAUUUGAACAUUAUUAUGAUUUAUAAUUUUAUACAGAAGUGUAUUGAAGAAAAAAGGAUGGAUUGUUAUUUAUAGAGAAAGAAAACAAAUCAAGAAAGAAUGAGUUAUAUAGUAAAAUUGCUCAAUACCAUUGGAAAAGAAAAAGAAAAUGAAAUUUCUAUGCAGAGAAUUGACACUGUCAAGCGAUUGGGCUCAACACUUUUGUCAGUUUGAAAUUAGAAUGUGCAAUCGAAGAUAAUUGAGGGCAACGGGAAAGGCUUCAAUUUUAACAAGUGUGAAAUAAAUAAAAUGCCCUCUGUGGAUGUUUGAAUUGGUGAUUGGCCUAUUAAAGUCUUGAAAGCUACUUUGUAAUGGUUUAAUUGAAUUCUCUGGAUUUCGUUUAAUCGACUGAAGAGGGCUUCAGAUAUUCUGAAGUAAAGUAAUAAACAGGCUUUGAAAAACAAUCAUUGACACAGACCUCACAAAAUUGAGAUAACUUCGCACUUUGGAAAAGAAAACAAUUGCUCUCUUUAAUGAUUCAACAGGUACCUGUAUGAAAGUGCAAAACUAGGGGUGACAAUUACCCUAUGAUUAAACAUCAAAUGAGAUUGUAAGAUAAGUAGUUGAAGAUCUUUUACAUGGACCGUCUUUGAAAAAAAUCACCCAACAAUGGAACCAGCAGAGAGUCUAUCAUGUUUUGUGUGUGUGUUUGCCUACCUCAUCAACCUAUCUGAAAAUACAAAUGUGAAUUAUGCCAUCCCAGAAGGGUGGGCUCCAAACAGGCUUAUCGGUAAUGUGGCUGCUGACAGCAAAAUCAGAGAAACUAUGAGUGAAGAAGAAUUUAGGAAUCUUCAGUAUUAUUUUUUAAACAUAGAGGACAAGAAUUUGCAAUAUUUUGCUAUUGAUUCUAAAACCAGUGACUUGACUAUCAAUAGAUCAAUGGACUGGGAGACAGUCUGCAAAUUUUCUACAUCCUGGUCCUGUCCCAUCUCCAUAGACAUUGGCACAAAAGAAAAGUUCCUAAAAAUCGUAGUGAUAAUUGAGUUAAUCGAUGUUAAUGAUAAUGCUCCAUCAUUCAGAUCAGCGUCUUUAAAUAUGACAUUUUCUGAGUCUGAUGUGAUUGGAACUUUAAAACCUCUGGAUCGAGCCACUGAUUUGGACACUGCAAAUUUUUCUGUAUCUCAUUAUCAGUUGGUGCCUGCAACCAUUCCAUUUCAAAUCCAGGAAGGAUCAAACGAUGAAUUCAAUCUUGUUCUGAAUAGUUCACUAGACAGAGAGAGCAUUGCUUUUUACACAUUUGAGCUUUUUGCUUUUGAUAAAGGGAAUCCAUCUAAGAACGGAAGCGUGACAAUUAACAUAGAUGUAGAAGAUGCCAACGACAACAGACCAAGAUUUACUCAAGAAAAGUAUGAAAUUACUAUUAAUGAGAGUGUUGCAGUGAAUACAACCAUCAUUAAUGUCACAGCAAUGGAUCUCGACAUUGGAGACAAUGGGAAAAUUGUUUACAGCAUAAGUCCAGACCAGGCCCCUGAAAUAUUGCAAACUUACACCAUCAACACUUCAACUGGGGAGGUUUCUGUAGUGAAAAAUUUGAAGUACACUUCAUCACAGCCUAUAAAAGUUAAAAUUCUUGCCACUGAUUUUGGCAAGCGACCGUUGUCUUCUUCAGUGACUUUGAUAGUGACGAUUGAAGAUUCUAUUAAUGUUCAACCGGAAAUCUCCAUUAAUCUUCUAUCUAGCUCGGGACAGGCACAGGCUACAGAGUAUGCGUCUGUUGGAACUGUUGUUGCCUUCAUCAUAGUUAAAGAUCAGGAUGGGGGAAGGAACGGAGAAGUGGAGUGUACAAUAAACAAUUCUCAUUUCCAGCAACAGUUGUUUGCGUCUGGGGAAUAUAAAGUUGCUGUCAAGACAUCUCUUGACAGAGAAACAAUAGCGCUGCAUAAUGUUACCGUCAUUUGCCAGGAUAAUGGUAUUCCAAGGUUGACUACUAUGGCUAGUUUCACUGUCAGUGUUACUGAUGAAAAUGAUAAUGCUCCAAAGUUUUCUAAGAGUUCUUACGAGGCCAUCUUUCGAGAAAAUAAUCAAGUCGGGUAUGUUGUUAAGCAGGUGGAUGCUGUUGAUGCAGAUGCUGGAAAUAACUCUAUAGUUUGGUAUUAUAUUGAUCCCAAGGAUCGAUCUGUCUUUGACAUAAAUUCCAAAUCAGGUCUUAUAACUGCUGCUCAGCAAUUUGAUAGAGAAACAACUGAUUACUAUGAGCUUGUUGUAACAGCAGUGGAUUCAGGAAAGCCCGCAAUGUCAUCUUCUGUGACAGUUGUGGUGAAGAUUGAAGAUGUAAACGACAACAGUCCAGUUUUUGAUAAAGCCCGUUUUGAAUAUUACAUUCCUGAAAGUGAUGUUAAAAUUGGCUCAUCUUAUGAAACAGUUCUGGGUAAAAUAACAGCCAAGGAUAAGGAUAUUAAUGGAAAUGGGUUUGUUCUGUUUAGUCUGGUUGGCAAUUUCUCUGAAAUGCCGUUUGACAUACUACCUGAUGGGACUCUGAAAACAAAAAGUACUUUGGAUAGGGAGCAGCAAGAAAAAUAUGACUUUCAGGUCAUGGCCAUUGACCAAGGCGAAGAUGUCAGGAGAAGUAGUGUUGUGAAUGUUACAGUGCAUGUGACAGAUAUCAAUGACAAUUUUCCAUUUGUUAUUUUUCCAAAUGAGGAGAAUUAUGUGAAGACAAUUACAUACCUUAUGCCUGUUCAGACUCAGGUGAUGAAGGUUGAAGCAGCCGACUUGGAUUAUGAUAAAAAUGCUGAUCUCACGUUCAAAAUCACAUCUAGAAAUGAUUCACAGGCCUUUGAAAUUGGCCGCCAAGGAGAAAUUUACGUUGCUAGGAGAUUGCAAGAAAGUGAUGUAAAUUUAUUCUUUCUGGACAUAAACAUUUCCGACCAGGGCGUUCCUCCAAAAUCCAUAUCCAAAGUUGUGUACAUUGAUGUGUUGGCUAAAAACUCUUCAGCCCUUGCUACGACAGGCAACAAUGAUAAUCAACAAAAUGUUAUUAUUGCUGUUGUGGUUGUAGUCGUGACGCUGUUAAUCGCAGCCUCAAUCAUUGUGGUCAUACUAGUUAUCAAGCGUUGUGACUUCUCACGUAAGAAGUAUGUGGACUCCAAUGGAAAUGUGAGCCAUGUGAACCCUUCUGAGUCUCCGAUAGUCUCCAAUGGCAGAUUGUCUCCCCCUGUGACGAAGAACAUCUACCAAAAUGGCCUCUUGCACACCAUCUUGCCAAGUCAUCAAACCAUUAUUCCAAAUGGAAAACAACCUAAAGAUGUCAGUUUUCAGGAGCAUGUCCAUGUUAGGGAGAAGAGCCUCGAUUCCACAACAGAAUCAACCAAUCAGAAGUCAGUGGAGGAGCAUAGACUGGCCUCUCUCAGGCUACAGCAGGCUUUCAUCCAGACCAGCAACAAACAGUGGACCAGUCAAUCAGAGUUGACAACAGAAGCAGGUGCCCGUGAAGAUCGCAGGAAGCAGGAGGAUAUCCAUAGCGACCUGUCAGCUGACACGGCUACCUAUGACAGUGGCAUCGGCGGCAGUGUCUCAGAUACAGGUGAUUUACGCAUCCCACAACAUCAUCAGCUUUGUCAUCAAAAUGGUUGCAACAGUAAACCAGCCAAUAGGUCUGAGAGCCAAUCAAAACAAGCCAAGAUCCUUGCCAGGAUGCGCUCUGAUGUCAGCGACUUGCCACCGGAGAGACCUCCACCCUUGAAACGCAACCCACACAAAAACUUUACGCCACUCAAUGGCUUCACAAAGUCACCAACAAAGAAUCUCCCUCGUCUUUCCCCACCCAUCAGCCCUCACCACUUCAUCACG